AUGUUCGCGGCCAAGAACCCCUUCGAGGACGUCGUGAUCAAGGCCACCUCGGACGAGCUCACCUCCGAGGACUGGCAGCUCAACCUCGACAUCUGCGACCGCGUCUCGUCCGAGGGCGACACGGGCGCCCGCAACUGCGUCGCCGCCAUCCAGAAGCGCCUCAUCCACCGAAACGCAAACGUCCAGCUCUACGCCCUCACCCUCUCCGACACGCUCUCCAAGAACUGCGGCCUGCCCGUGCACCAGGAGCUCGCAAGCCGCUCUUUUACCCAGACCCUCUCCCGCAUCAGCCUCGACCGAAACACUCACGCCACCGUAAAGAAGCGCUGCCUCUCCCUCAUCAAGCAGUGGGCAAACGACUUUGAAGACGAAAGCCUCGACCUCAUGCGCGAGACCUACGACGCGCUCAAGCAGCAGAACGCCGACUUCGAGGACGAGCCCGAGCCAGAGAGACCCGAGCCCAGCUCCGAGCAGCUGAGGGCCGAGGAUGAAGAGCUCAGGCGCGUGCUGGAGCUCUCGGUCCAGGACCAGGGAGGACGCGGCCACUGGGUCGCCAGCCACCCGAGCGAGACGGCCGGUCAGUCUUCGUCAUCGUCGGCUGCCGCAGCAUCCGCACCCGCCGCCGCCGCCGCUGGUCCUUCUUCCUCUGCUCCGCACAACUACGUCGCGCCGGCUCAGGCGUCCUCGACCUCCGGCUACCCGCAGGCCUCGUCUUCCUCGUCGACCGCACCAGCCGCUGCUGCCGCCGCCACGCCUGUUGCGGCACCGCAGGCUGACGCUGCCCAGGCUGCCGGCACGCCCGCACCCGUCGCCUCGCGCGUCCGGGCGCUGUACGACUUCUCGCCCACCGAGCCUGGCGAGCUGGCCUUUAGCAAGGGCGACGUCAUCCGCGUCCUCGACUCGGUCUACGAGCAUUGGUGGCGGGGCGAGGUGCGCGGCGAGGCGGGCAUCUUCCCCGUCAACUACGUCGAGGUGCUGCCGGACCCGACGCCCGACGAGAUGCGCCGCGAGGCCGAGAUGGAGGCGCGCAUCUUUAGCCAGGCGGCCAACAUCGACCUGCUGCUGAGCAAGCUGCGCGGCCUCGACCCGGCGCGCGACAACCUCACCGAGGACGAGGAGCUGCAGGAGCUCUACCAGACGUCGCUGGCCAUGCGGCCCAAGAUUGUCAAGCUCAUCGACCGCUACAGCACCAAGAUCACAGAGCUCAAGGCCAUGAACGACAAGUUUGUGCGCGCACGCGGCACGUUUGACGAGAUGAUGGAGCAGAGCCUGGCCAGGUACAACCCGGGCGGGCAGUCGACCCAGGACUAUCUGCGCCCCCGCCCCGACUUUAUCCAGCACCCGUCUGCCGGCUCGAUCCCGACGCAGCAUGGCCAGCCCGACUACGGCAACCAGUACGGCGGCGGGCCCGCUUACGGCCAGCAGCCGCAGCAGUACGGCGGGGUGCCGCCCGCUGGCCAGCCGGCAGGCUACGGCCCGGGACCGCAAGCACAGCAGCAGCCACAGCAGCCGCAGCAGCAAAGCCAGGACGACUACGCGCAGUGGUACCAUGCCCAGCAACAGCAGCAACAGCCGCAAGGGCAACCUCAGCACCACGUUGCGCCUCCGCAGCAGCAGCCCUACGGCUCGCAGCCGCACCUGACGCCUUCCGGCCCCGUCAACGGGGGCGGUCCUUCGGCUGCCUCCUCGUCGACCGACGUGUCCGGAUACCAGCCUGGCGGACCUGGUGGGCCGUCGGGUUACGGCCUUGCGCCGCCGCAGGACGACGAAAAGCGUCGGCUCUACGAGCGAGCCCGCGCCGAGGGCGAGGCGUUCCAGCAGCAGUACUUUGCCAACGCCGGCGCCUCGGGCAGUGGCGCGGGCGCAGCUCCGGCUCCGCAGGCCUAUGGUGCACCGCAGCACGUCCAGUCGCCCUACCAGCCGCCGCAGCCGCCGCAGCCACCGCAGCAGCAGACGCAGCAGCAGGAUCCGACAGCUGCGCUCGCCCAGGGCGUGGCGGGCAUGCACGUCAACGGCGGCGCUGGCGCGGGCGCAGGCGGGUACUGA